AUGGCUGGCCUCGAUAAAUUCGACGGCUCAAUGAUCUACUGUUCGGAGCUCACAAAAUCAAUCGUCCUAAAUAUUCGACCAGUUAAAGCUCGCGUAAAUGAAGCUGAUGGUGUUCGAAAUGGAAAGAUGGUCCGGACUUACAGAAAUCUACUUCCAAAGCAGUCCGGCGGUGUAGGUCUCCUAAUAGCUCUGAAACCCUACGAACCUGAGGAUAUUCCAGUGAACAUUGAAGGUCACAGCAACUGUCGCGUCACACUUAUUCCAGCUAACCAUUGUCCAGGCUCUGCAAUGUUUUUAAUCCAAAUGUCGAAUCGCAACGUUCUAUACACCGGUGAUAUUCGUGCUGAGCCAUGGUGGGUGGAGUCGUUGACCAAAGAGCCUCAACUCGCACCCUUCGUCGUUUCACCUCAAGGGAUAAACCAGCGACUUAUAAGACCACCUCCCGGCCUGAACCAUCAAGAUGAAAGAUCGCCUAAAAUGAUCAGCCAUCAACCUCCGUCCGAUUCCAAAGCCAAACCCUCUCUCCCCUUCACCCAAUUGGACAACAUCUAUUUGGAUACAUCUAGUUUACUAACCAAGUUCGAUGUCUUGACAAAGGAAGACGCGAUCAAGAUCACGAUUGAAAUGAUGUCGACAUAUCCCGAUGAUACCAGAUUCUUCAUUAAUUCUUGGACGUGGGGAUACGAAGAGUUGCUUCAACGUAUCAUCACCCACUUCAAAACUCUGAUUCACGUAGAUCAAUACAAGCACCAAAUAUAUACCCAACCUAUGUUCAAAAAGCACUUUCCUCUCUUGUCAGCUCACGUGACGCUUAGACCGAAAGUGAGCAGGUUCCAUGCUUGUGAAAGAACUCGGCGGUGCUCCCAAGUUUUCGACAUAAGUCAAAAAUCUCCGGAGCCUCAGUCUCCCAACUCUGGGACCGAAACAAGAGGCGCAAGACACCAAGAGCCUCGGAUUGUAUGCGUCAAUCCUUCUGAAUUCACGACUCAGCAAUGGAGCUCAUGGAAGGCAGAUCUUGAUAUUCAACUGGCUGAGGCCGCCCGACAUUCCUCGAAGAACCCCAAAUCAAAGCAUGACCCCUGGCCGACAUUACUGCUUUGCCCAUUGACCCGCCAUUCGUCGUUCAAGGAGAUCUUAAAUUUCAUAUCGGCAUUUCGACCUAAGCGCAUCUUCCCCAAUACGACGUCUGCGGAUACCGGAUUCAUCGAGUUUUACGCAAUCCCAAAGUUAUUUGGCUCUCUGCUGGAUUCCGGAUUUGCUGAAGAGAUGCAAAAGCAAACUACCCGAUUCAUAAAAGAUUACGAACACCGCCAUAAGAAAAAACUCGCGAAUAACAUCACGUCUAUUGAUCUUUUGGAUUGGAAAGAUUCACAUUUCGACAGCUUGGAAAAGUUUUUUAAGAAAUAUGAGAAGCUCGAUUGUGAAUCGCCAAAAAAUCAAUCGAUACGGGAACAAAACUUUCCAACAACCACGCUGCAUGAUAAGCACAAAGCAGCCCAGUUUUUAGGAGGUCCAUCAUCCGCCAAAAAUCUAGAUUGUUCAGUGCCUCCUGGACCCACCGAAAUUGAAUUUUCCGUCGAAGAGAGAUCGUGUGGCUCGCAAACGGACGCUUCUGACUCAGAAACAGAACCAGAAACACAGCGAUACCAAUCAUCUGAAACGUGCCGAACCAACCUAGAGGAAUCAUCUGAAACGUCCGGAUCUAUUAGACAGGGCACAGCUGGAGAAGUUGAUCGUGCGCUCCAAGGAGCACGGCACACCUAUGAAGAAGCCAGUUACACGUCUGAAGAAGCAAGUCGUGCGCCGCAAGAAGCAAUAAUUUCUCGACAUUCGUCCAGGACCACGCAAAUUCCUCUGGAUCUCGCUUAUAUCUCUCGCAUUGCCAGUACACCACCCUCAACAGUAAGAAAAGAUUUGCCGCCGUUUCAAGACCCGCCAAGCAGCCCGGCAGAGCUUGUUCCAACAAACUUAUCUGAAUCCAGAUCUAGCUCGAGUGGCUUCGAUCUUUGUUGCGAAAAACGAUUGUUAUCAAAAUGUGCUGCUAAGCUUCAGGUGCUUCAUCGCCAACGUGCCCUCAAGGCGAGCGAAUUGGCUGAACAACUUCAUGAAUAUGAGCAAGUACGGAAUCGGCUUGAGUAUGAAUAUCAUGAUGAUAGUCACAAAUCGAAGAGAAGAAAGAAGUCCAUCGGUGCAAUUGAUCGCACCUCUGAUACCGAAAGUCUUUCGGAAUCUUCUUCCAGCAUAAUCAUCAUUGAUAAUCCCAAUGACCCGCUUCUUCUCUGGAUUAAGGUUCGAAAUUCUAUCGUUAAGUUGACUGAUCUCAGAGCAAAAACCUCGUACUGGAGCCAAUUAGGCGUAAAAGCAAUCCUGCGUACUACUACUAUCUAA